UGGGGACGAAGAGUCAAUGCAGUCAGUAGGAUCCUUGCAUCCAGGAAGGCCGGAGGACAGACUUCACAAGAAAGCUAAGAAGAAGAAAAAGAAGAAGGAAAAGGAUAAAGACAAGGAUAGAGACAAACAUGACAAAAAGAAAAAACACCAUCAUAAGGAGAAACGGAAGAGGCUGCGAGAUGAGUCCAGUCAGGAUGAUGUGAGUGUGGGUGAAGAGUCACUUCAGGAGCCGCCCCCAUCUAAGAGAGCUGCCGUCGACAAAACACCAGAUGUCGGGGACACUCCUAUGUUGGGCAGCCCUGGCAGUAACCGCGAGCCGCGUCUGUGCGUGCAGUUGCUGAGGCAGCGGCAGGAGCUGAUGUCUGCUAAGAGUCCUCUCCAGAAGCUCCUGGAUAACCUCCAGCAGAGCCUGGAGAAGAAAGACCCUCAGCAGUUUUUUGCUUGGCCUGUCACAGACCAGAUCGCGCCCGGAUACUCUCAGAUCAUCCACCAGCCGAUGGACUUUAGCACUAUGCACCAGAAGAUAGAGGAUAACAGCUACGGUACACUCAAGGACUAUGUGGAUGAUUUCAAGCAGAUGUGUGGGAAUGCGAUGAUCUACAACCACCCAGAGACAAUCUACUAUAAGGCAGCCAAGCGUCUGUUACAUGCGGGGCUCAAGCUGGUGUGUGAGGAGAAGUUACGUGCUCUGGCCGUUACGUCACCGUGGAUACUACAGAUACCAGCUCAUCAACUGGGCGUGGAGUUGGGCACAGGUGGCAUACGUGGCGACAGCGAAAGAGAAGAGGAAGAGGAGGAAAACGCCAGCGCCGGCGCAACCGGCUCGUCGUGGACCCAACUAUCUCCCUGA